GGACUCAUAAUCAGAUCAGUAGCUAUUCUGCUAACCAUCAUCGUAACGACUGUUUCCAGUAUCCUGCACAUAAUCUAUAUGGAAGGCUUUUCUAAAUAUUUUUUCAGUUCAUCGUGCGCMAUACAAGGUUUCGUUGUAUUGUAUUGCUACGUGUUGCACUCGGAAGAUCCAUUUGACUUGAGAACUGUUUACAGGCCAAAAUCGUCACCGCAACAAUCAAGCGAUGAUAACCAUUCGGAUUCUGCCGGAAGUCCGUUGAAUUGUUUUCCUAAGAACACUACAGACUACGAGAUAAAACAAUCGAUWAAGAGUGACAUAAUAGAGAUAACAGAUAAUCCACAAGAGUAUUUUAUCACGCAAGAAAAGCCAGUAUCGAUUGUCAGCAACCUUACUAGCUCGUUAAAAAAACUCGAUAGCAAUAACGAGCCUAAAAAAUCCGUGACAUUUCGUCACGACUUAAUUACAGGGUGUCACGAAAAGUCGUCCGACGGCCACGACACUGACAGUGGAUGCGGUGAUUACUGUGACAGUGGAGAAAAGAGUUGUUGUUCGUACCGGAACAACAGUCGAUCACCAUUGUUGGAGACGACGGCCAUCGAUUCUGCAGACAUGGUAUUGGUGGACGACUGGCCACCGGUGGACUUCACGGAUGCUGCCUCGCAACCGACCUCGAUGGCGCCACUGCCGGCCGGAAGCGACACUUCUAUCCGGUGUGUGGUGCAACCGCCACCCGACAUGUUGGCCACGCACGUGUGCGUUGAAGUCGGCCUGGUCAAACAACACGCAACCACCGCGGACGGUUCCCCGACAAUUGUGGUGUGCAGUGUGGACGUGGAACCGUGCCGGCAGCCCCAUAUGUUAUUCAUGUCCGGGGUUACCGACAAAUCGUCGUCGACGGCACCGGAACCUGGGGCCGCAGACGGUUCCGGCGGCGAUAGUAACGACGAUGACGUUCUGGACCGAAUAUCGCAAGACUUGGACUAUCUGUUGAACCGGAAAAACGUCAUCGACCCGAACGUGAUCGAGUCGGAUGACGACGGCGACGCUGAACGCAACCAGAACAAGAAAACCAAAAACCUAACCUAACUAUGAGACGCAAGACUCGUCGGCUUUGAAGGAACUCUAAACUAUAUCCGAUCAUGCCCCAGCGCCCACCGAAUCACACUUACCGGACGGUGAUCACGUUUUUGGUUACCGUUUGCCUCGAAUUUAUAAUCAUUUUCGUAUUAUUAGUAUUAUUAUUUAAAUGUUWAAAAUAACGAUGAAUAUUUUGUUUUUGU